AUGACUUACAGACUGAACACGACACCAAACGUCUUAGAUAUAACACCCAUCGUCUUCUUCCAUCCCUUGACGAACUGGCGUCGGCGCACCCCUCGGGGUGUCACCGCGCGAUCCAACUCCUCGUACGGGUUAAUCUUGACGGCGUCCACUGACAACGGAACACUGAACAAUGCAAGCGUCAUAAUCCUUCAUAGAACACGAGGUCUCGACUACCUGCGGCCGACAUUACAAUACAUUGGAAAGGACGGGGAGCGAGGCGCGCGCUUCGUGCGACGGUCUGAACGACACUGA